AUGGCAGGGAGAAGGUCGAGGCUCUGUCUCUCCAAAGGCAGAGACAAUGGUGGUUCUGGCUCUUCCGGCACCUCGCGGGUGGUUCGCAAGGGCCACUUCGCGGUGUACACACGGGAGGGGCGGCGGUUUGUGGUGCCGAUAGCGUACCUGAAGAGCAACAUCUUCCAGGAGUUGUUCCGGAUGUCGGAGGAGGAAUACGGGGUGCCGGUCGGCGACCGCCCCAUCACGCUGCCGUGUGACGCGGCCUUCAUGGAGCAUGUCGUGGCCUCGCUCAGGGACGGGCGCUGGAAGAAGCCGUGCGCCGCUCCAUUUUUCCUAACCAGAGCCUGA